CAUAUAUAUUCUGCAUUUGGGUGUUUUUGGGAGGGAGACGGAGUCUCACUCUGACACCCAGGCUGGAGUACAGUGGCGUGAUCUCAGCUCGUUGCAACCUCCGCCUCCCGGUUCAAGUGAUUCUCCUGCCUCAGCCUCCAGCGUAGCUGGGAUUACAGGCGCCCACCACCAUGCCUGGCUAAUUUUUUUCUAUUUUUACUAGAAAUGGGUUUUUGUCAUGUUGCCCAGGCUGGUAUUUGUCCAUUUUUAGAAACAAGGAGUCGCGUCUAACAGGCUCCCUCAAAGAAAGCUGCCCUUUGGAGAUAGCGGUUCCCGAGUCCCGUGUCGGUUUGGGGGUCGCUGUUUCGGGUCCCUUGUCAGUUUGGGGAUCGCGGGUCCGGGUUCAGUGUUAGUUUGGGGAUCGCGGUUCUGCGUGCUUUAUCAGUUUGGCGAAAACUCGGACUCAGAGAGCUCAGCGUCCCUAGCAGGGACCGUCGCCAGAAGGCGCCCAGAAUUGGGUCCCUCCAGGUGGGGAGCGGGACCCGACCUCAGGCGGGGUUUGUCUUUUCAGCCUGUGGGGGUUCAGGGCUUUGUUUCAGUUUCAUGUUUCAGGACGGAUUUGGCCAAUGAGGAUAAAUCCAAAGCUCGGCUUUGGGAGAGGUGGGUGGAUGGUGCUGUCCUUUAACUGAGAAAUGCAAGGGAUUCACAAGGGCGGGAAAGAAGAAAAUUUCGGGAAAGUUCGUGGAAACAGGAGAGUGAGAUAAUAAAUUUACUUUAAGACUUCCUGAGUUUGAAAUUCGUGAUAGUGUUUGUAACUAGUUAGAAAUAUAUUUUUGUAACUAGUUAGAAAUACAUUUAUCUGCCAUUCAAGAGAGGUGGGGGCUAGAGAUACAGAUCUGAGAUUCACUGAAAUGGGAAUAAAGCAAUGGGGAAGAUUCAGAUUUUUAGGAUACUGAAUAAAAUGAUAAUAGAAAGGAUAGAGUAGAGAAUACAGUGGAAAAGGUAUGGCUUUGAAUCCUGACUCCACAAUUUAUUACAAGGGGAUUGGGGACACCGUAAUUUACCAAGUUUCAUCAUUACAACCUGCUCUAUAGUGUUGUCUAAGAAACAAGAGAUUUUGGGGGAGGAGAGAGACUCUGGUUUCCAGAGUUACCACAUUAUAAUGCUCAAAAUGUCCAAUCUUCAACAAAAAAUUAUGAGGCAUGCAAAAAAAAAAAAAAAAAAAAAAAGAAACAUGAAAAAAUGGCCAAAUCAAAGGAAAAAGUAAAUGAACAGAAACUGUCCCUGAGCCAAGGAAGCGCAGAUAUAGGAAUUAUAAGACAAAUACUUUAAAUGACCUGUCUUAAACAUGAACAAAAAGUGAAAAGAAACAUAGAAAAAGAUCAGAAAGAAACAACCAGGAGAACAAGGUCUCAAAAACAAAUAGAGAAUAUGCAAAAGAAUAUACAAACGGUCAACAAACAUGAAAAAAGCUCAACAUCACUAAUCAUCAGAGAAGUGCAAAUCAAAACUGCAAUGAGAUACCAUCAGAACAGUUAUUAUUAAAAAGUCAAGGAACGACAUAUGCUGGCAAGGGUGCAGAGAAAAGGAAAUGCUUAUACACUGUUGGUGGGGAUGUAAAUUAGCUCAACCACUGUGGAAAGCAGUUUGGAGAUUUCUCAAAGAGCUGAAAACAGAACUGCCAUUCGACCCAGCUAUCCCAUUACUGGGUACAUAUCCAAAAGAAAAGAACUCAUUCUACCAAAAAGACACAUACACUAGUAUGUUCAUCACAGCACUAUUCACAAUAGCAAAGACACGGAAUCAACUCAGGUGCCCAUCAACAAUGGAUUGGAUAAAGAAAAUGUGGUACAUAUGCACCAUGGGAUACUAUGAAGCCAUAAAAAGAAUGAAAUCAUGUCCUUUGCAGCAACAUGGAUGCAACUGGAGGCCAUUGUUCUAAGAGAAUUAAUAAAGGAACAGAAAAACCAAAUACUGCAUGUUCAAAUUUGUAAAUGGGAGCUAAACUCUGGGUACUCAUGGACCAUAAAGAUGGCAACAAUAGACACUGGGGACUACUAGACAGGGAGGGAGGGAAAAGGGCAAGGGUUGAAAAAACUAUUGGUACAAUGCUCAGUAUCUGGGUGAGGGGAUCAAUCAUACCCCAAACCUCAGCAACACAAAUUAUACCUAGGUAACAAACCUGCACAUGUGCCCUCUGAAUCUAAAAUAAAAGUUGAAAUUAUUUUAAAAAUAAAGAUUAUUAAUAGAUAGAAAUUAUAAAAGGAACCAAACAGAAAUUAUGGAACUGAAAAGAACCAAAAAAAUUGUAUAGUUAAAAAGUACAAUAGGAUGAAGCAUGAUGGCUCAUGCCUGUAAACCUACCAUCUUGGGAGGCCAAGGCGGGGAGGAUCACUUGAGGCUAAGAGUUUGCCUUGGCAACAUAGCGAGACCCCAUCUUUACAAAAAAAAAUUAAAAAAUUAACUGGGCAUGGUGGUGCAUGUCUGCGGCUGUAGCUACUCAGGAGGCUAAGGCAGGAGGAUCACUUGAGCCCAGGAGUUCACAGCUGUAGUGAGCUAUGAUUGCACUCCUGCACUCUAGCCUGGGUAACAGAGCAACACCUUGUCUCAUUUAAAAAAAAAAAAAAAAAUUCAUAAGUGACGCUCAACAGAUUUGAGCAGGUUAAAGAAGGAAUGAGCAAACUUGAAAACAAUUGAAAUUAUUAAGUCUAAGGAGCAGAAAGUAAAAGAAUGAAGAACAAAGUCCAAAAGAUUUGUGGAUGCCAUCAAGCGUACCAGCAUAUGCAUAAUGGGAGUCCCAGAAAGAAAUAAGAAGGUAAAAAGGGCAGGAAGAGUGACUGAAGAAACAGUGGCCCCAAAGUCCCAAUUUGAUAAAAGACAUAAUGUAACACUUCUAAUAAGCUCAAUGAACUUCAAGUAUGAUAAAGAGUUCACAAUAGCAUUAUAUUAAUAAUCAAACUGUUGAAAGCCAAAGACAGAGAAGCUUAAAAGCAGCUUGAGAGAAAUUAUCACUAUAUACAAAGGACCUUCCAUAAGAUUUAACAGCCAAUUUAUUACCAUGGAGGCCAGAAGGCAGUGGGAUGAUAUAAAGUGCUGAAAGAAAACAAACAAACUGGCAACCAUGAAUUCUGUAUCUGUCAAAACUAUCCUGUAGAAAUGAUGGAGAUGACAGGCGCAGUAACUCAUUCCUGUAAUCCCAACACUUUGGGAAGCUGAGGCAGGUGGAUUGCUUGAGCUCAGGAGUUCAAGAACAGCCUAGGCAACAUGGCAAAACCCCAUCUCUACAAAAAACAAAAAUUAGCUGGGUGUGGUGGCACAUGCCUGUGGUCCCAGCUUCCUGGGAGGCUGAGGCAGGAGGAACACUUGAGCCCUGGAGGUUGAGGCUACAGUGAGUUGUGAUUAUGCCACUGCCCUCCAGCCCAGGUGAUAGAGUCACCCCAUCUAAAAAAAAUGUGUAAUAAAAACCUACAGAAUGCUUGAAAAACCAUCAAACUACUAUGUAAUUGUUGCGAUUUUUAAAGAAAGCAAAAAUACAGGUGUGAAAACUAUUAUGGUAUUGCUCUGCAGUUAUCACAUCAAAGAUUCAAGCUAGAAAUCCUUUACAAUCUAUUGAACAUCAUUGGUCAGGCAUUCUAGAAUAUAGUGGAUGUGAUAAUCCCUUUGUUGUACAGACCCAUUAGGUUUCCAGGAUCUUUUGUUGUAAGUCCAAUACACCAGCAAUAGAUUUAACUAUAUCAAAAUGCCAAGAUUAAAAAAAAGUCUCUUUGCACCCAACGUUGUUGUUAGAAUCUUCUUUCCUGGCCAGGUGUGGUGGCUCACGCAUGUAAUCCCAGCACUUUGGGAGGCCGAGGUGGGCAGAUCACCUGAGGUCAGGAAUUCGAGACCAGCCUGACCAACAUGGAGAAAUCCUAUCUCUACUAAAAAUACAAAAUUAGCCAGGCAUAGUGGUGUGUGCCUGUAGUCCCAGCUACUCAGGAGGCUGAGGCAGGAGAAUCACUUGAACUCAGGAGGUGGAGGCUGCAGUGAGCCAAGAUCACGCCACUGGACACUAGCCUGGGCAACAAGAGUGAAACUCCAUCUCAAAAAUAAGAAACUUCUUUACUGAAGUAAUUCUAGAAAUCUGUUUCAGGCCUUGGUGAAGAACUCCUUCACUCUUCCUGCAGGUAAAGGAGGGUGUGGUUUUUCUUGGGUUUGUCUAGAGGCCAGACACAUGCAUCUCCCCAACCUGCUGGAGUUCCCCUUUCUAGCCCAGAUCACCUGGGCUUGGGGAUCUGCCAGGUCUGUCCUGCAGACUCUGGCUGAGCAACAGAUGAAAGGAGUACUCAGACACAGGUAUGCAGUGUUUAAAAGCAGCUAGGGGACUGCUGGGCACUAGUGGCUGAAGAGUGAGUAGUCUUGAACAGCUAGAGCUGCCUGUUUUUAUUCAGUACAGACAUAAUGCUGAAAGCCUGGAGGAAACACAAUCUGCAGGUAAUUAACAUUAUUAUUCCCCCUUCAGGGAAGGGGUCAUUCAUGUGUGUGAAUGAUCAACGGUCAGCUCCUGGUCAACAUAAGUAAACAAGCCUGUUGUUAGUAUUCGAUUUAACCUUCUGAGGUCUUACUGACUGGGAUGUUAGUAUAUAUCCAAGAUAUUUCCAAGGAGAGGACAUCUGUACCUUUUCAGGUGCUAUGAUUAAGGCUGUUAACUGUGUAUUCUAUUUGACAGAGGCAUAUAAAUUCAAAAGUAUUGGCUCCAUUGGGGCUGCCAGUAAGAUGUCAUCCAUAUAAUGGAUUAUCUUGCAAUUAGGAAAUUCUUUUCUACUGGGGAGCAAAGCCUGAUUUACACGAUACUGACACAUGGUAGGACUGUUCAGCAUUCCUUGAGGAAGUACUUUCCAGUGAAAUCGGGGAGCUGGGCCUUCAUUAUUGAUAGCUGGUAUUGUAAACGUAAAUUUUUCUCUGUCCUGUUUUGCAAGGAGAAUAGUAUGAAAGCAGUCUUUUAAGUCAAUAAUGACUUAAAACUCGAGGAAUCACUGCGGGGGAAGGGAGCCCCUGUGGAAGGAGCCCCAUAGGUUACAAAUUAGCAUUGAUAGCCUGUAAGUCAUGCAGAAGUCUCCAUUUACCAGACUUUAUGGGAAUGACAAAAAAUGGGUGAAUUCCAAGGGCUGUUUGCUGGUUCUAUAUGGCUGGCUUUUAAUUGGUCCUCAAUUAAUUCAUGGGUUUGUUGUAAUUUCUCUCCCUUUAAAGGUCACCGUUCUACCCAAAUUGGAUCUUGAGACAGCCAUGUCAGGGGUAGGGGAGGACUGACAACAGUGGCCACUAUUAGAAAGGGCUCUGCAUAGUGACCCCCCCGCCCCGGGCUAAUAAGGUCCCAUUCCCAAAGAUGAACAGGGAUGGGCAUGAUUAGAGGUUGUAUAGUUGCUUUUCUUCCCUCCAAAUCGCGACUUUAGAGGGCGUGCACUCUGCUUGGCUGUGUGCACUAAUCCAGUGCCGACAAUUUUCUGUUUCUGAGUGACCCAUAUGUUUCACCGGCCAAUUGAUUCUGGUUGGCUUGUCGUUCACACAACUCAUCAUAUUCUGCCGUCCAGAGGAGGUAUUGACUGGCCUCUAAAGUUGUUUGAGCUAGCACUGACCAGUCCCAUGGGAUCAUAAGGAAGUUGUCUGCUAUGGCCUCAAUUAAUCCUUUUGUAGAUGGGCUAGCAGCUCUGUUUUCUCUAAUGCUUUUUCUUAUCUCUUUAUAGGUGUUGAAAGUGAUGGGCUCAUAUACCUGAUUGCCAUGUUGAUCUUACAUCACAGGGCAGGCCAAGAGCUCCCCUUCUAAUGCCACUUGCCUAAGACAGGGUCCCAUAACUGUAGUGUAUCCCUUGUCUUUUUUUUCCAAUUUAUUGGAGGAGGGGGCUUAGGGAAACUCUGUCUCCUCUGUGGCACCUUUACCUAGUAACAGUGGGGCUGAGGGAGGAGGAGGUGGUCAGGUAGGUGGAUGGUUCCUCUUCCCUUUCCUUUUCAGGCUCUUUUGUGUAGAGCGGGGCCAAAGCAGCCCUGAUUAAGGCCCAUAACGUUAAAGAUGUUACUGGGACCCGUUGCCCUUGUGCAUGACGUCAUUUAAGAUUUCCCCUCACUUGCUCCCAGAGCUCUUGGUCUAACGUGCCUUCUUCUGGGAACCAUGGGUUAUUGAAAACAACAGUUUGCAUUAGGCCCCUUAACUGAGCCUCCGAGACCCAGGCUCUGCUAGCUUUAAGCAGCUGUUUCAAUACUUACAUAUAGUGUUGCUGUUGAGCUGAUAACUGUUGUCCCAUGAUGAAACCCUAGGUUGAAAAUUCCCUCAAACUUGGAAAUCCCGAGUGGGCACCAAUUACUUACUUCCCGCACAGUCUCUUCACCUCAUUUUUGGGGGUUCCAUCGUGAUCUGUUGCAGCAUUCCUCACACAGGGCACCAGUUGCUGGGUCUGUCCCACAGACCCUGGCUGGACGAUGGAUGAAACGAGUACUCAGACGCAGGUAUGCAGUGUAAGAGCAGCUAGGGGACUGCUUGGCACUAGCGGCCAAAGAGUGAGCAGGCAAACAGCUGGAGCUGCCUGCUUUUAUUCAGUAUAGACAUAAUGCUGAAAGCCUGGAGCAAAAACAAUCUGUGGGUAAUUAACAUUAUUGUUCCCCUUUCAGGGAACGGGUCACACAUGUGGAUGAUCAAAGGUCAGCUCCUGGUCAAUAUGAGAAGACUGGUUUCAGAAAAGUUGAGUGCUGAAGACUACAAAGCUGUUUGUGUUGGAAAUCAAUAGCUCUUCUAGCCUUGCAUUGUUUAAAUAUAAUAGUGUCAUUGGACUAAGAUGUUCCUGAUGCCAACCUCUUCAGAGUUAAACAGUGGGCAGAACUUCCUAACCCAGUGGAUGACCAAUCCUUCUCGGGCUGGGGUCAUAUUAAAUCGUGGAUUUCCUAUUUUGGAAGCAGACAAAGAGAAGCAAGCAGCUGUGGACAUUUCUACCAGCUUUCCUAUUAAAGGCACACAUUUUUCUGAUAGCUUCAGCUUUAUAAAUGAAGAAGAUUCACUUCUUGAAGAACAGAAGUUGGAGUCAAACAGCCCUUACAAACCACAGUCAGAUAAAUCUGAAACCCAUACAGGCUUUCCUUGCAUUAAAAAGGGACCACAGGUAGCGGCAUGUCACAGUGCUCCUGGACACCAGGAAGAAAACAAAAAUGACUUCAUCCCAGAUCUUGCGAGUGAAUUCAGAGAAGGGGCUUAUAAAGACCCACUUUUUAAAAAACUUGAACAGCUGAAAGAAGUGCAACAGAAGAAGCAGGAACAAUUGAAGAGGCAACAGUUGGAGCAACUACAGAGACUCAUGGAAGAACAAGAGAAGCUGCUCACCAUGGUGUCUGGGCAGUGCACACUUCCAGGUUUGAGUUUACUGCCUGAUGAUCAGAGCCAGAAGCACAGGUCUCCAGGAAAUACCACCACUGGAGAGAGAGCCACAUGCUGCUUCCCAUCAUAUGUCUACCCGGACCCAACCCAGGAAGAAUCAUACGCGUCCAACAUUUUAUCCCAUGAGCAAAGCAACUUCUGUAGAACUGCUCAUGGAGAUUUUGUCUUAACUUCAAAACAUGCGUCUCCUAAUUUAUUUUCUGAGGCACAGUAUCAAGAAGCACCUGUGGAAAAAAAUAAUUUAAAAGAAGAAAACUGUAACCAUUCUACAGGAGAAAGUAUCUUAUGUUGGGAGAAAGUGACAGAACAGAUUCAGGAAGCAAAUGAUAAGAACUUACAAAAACAUGAUGAUUCCUCAGAAGUGGCUAAUAUUGAAGAAAGGCCCAUUAAAGCUGCUAUUGGAGAAAGGAAACAGACCUUUGAAGACUACUUAGAAGAACAAAUUCAGUUGGAAGAGCAAGAACUGAAGCAAAAACAGCUGAAGGAAGCAGAAGGACCAUUGCCAAUCAAAGCAAAACCAAAACAACCAUUUUUAAAACGAGGAGAAGGUUUAGCUAGAUUUACUAAUGCUAAAUCUAAGUUUCAAAAAGGCAAAGAAAGUAAACUAGUGACUAACCAGAGCACUUCCGAGGACCAGCCACUGUUUAAAAUGGAUAGACAGCAACUCCAGCGGAAAACUGCUCUUAAAAAUAAAGAGCUGUGUGCAGACAACCCUAUCCUUAAAAAGGACAGUAAAGCUAGAACCAAGAGUGGUUCUGUCACCCUCAGUCAGAAGCCGAAAAUGCUGAAGUGUAGUAACAGGAAAAGUCUUUCUCCGUCAGGAUUGAAAAUACAGACGGGGAAGAAAUGUGAUGGGCAGUUUAGAGACCAGAUCAAAUUUGAAAAAAAAGUCACAUCUAAUAAUAAAGAAAAUGUACCUGAGUGUCCAAAACCUUGCGAUACUGGCUGCACAGGGUGGAAUAAGACACAAGGUAAAGACAGACUUCCUCUUUCAACAGGGCCGGCCAGCCGCCUGGCUGCUAAGAGCCCCAUAAGGGAGACCAUGAAAGAGUCUGAAUCUUCUCUUGACGUUUCUCUUCAGAAAAAGUUAGAGACUUGGGAACGAGAAAAGGAAAAGGAAAAUUUGGAAUUAGAUGAAUUUUUGUUUUUAGAACAAGCUGCUGAUGAAAUAUCAUUUUCUAGUAAUUCCUCAUUUGUACUGAAAAUCUUAGAAAGGGAUCAACAGAUCUGCAAAGGUCACCGGAUGUCUUCCACCCCUGUCAAAGCUGUGCCACAGAAGACAAAUCCGGCAGAUCCCAUUAGUCAUUGUAACCGCAGUGAGGAUUUGGACCACACUGCACGUGAGAAGGAGAGUGAGUGUGAAGUCGCACCCAAACAACUUCAUUCAUUGUCUUCAGCUGAUGAAUUGAGGGAACAGCCUUGUAAAAUCAGGAAAGCCGUCCAAAAGAGCACUUCUGAAAAUCAAACUGAAUGGAAUGCACGUGACGAUGAAGGUGUUCCAAAUAGUGACAGUAGCACUGACUCUGAGGAACAGCUUGAUGUUACCAUAAAACCAUCGACUGAGGAUAGAGAGAGGGGCAUCAGCAGCAGAGAGGAUAGCCCACAAGUCUGUGAUGAUAAGGGGCCUUUUAAGGACACCAGGACCCAAGAAGAUAAAAGGAGAGAUGUUGAUCUGGAUUUGUCUGAUAAAGAUUACAGUAGCGAUGAGUCUGUCAUGGAAACCAUAAAACAUAAAGUGUCUGAGCCCUCGAGAUCCUCAUCCCUAAGUAUGAGUAAAAUGGACUUUGAUGAUGAAAGAACUUGGACUGACCUUGAAGAGAAUUUGUGUAACCAUGAUGUUGUUCUUGGGAAUGAAUCCACUUAUGGGACGCCGCUGACAUGCUACCCUAAUAAUGAAAUAGGUAUCCUGGACAAAACAAUAAAAAGGAAGAUUGCACCAGUCAAGAGGGGAGAAGACUUGAGCAAGUCCAGGAGGAGCAGAAGUCCUCCUACAUCGGAGCUGAUGAUGAAAUUCUUUCCUUCUUUGAAACCAAAACCAAAGUCAGAUUCACACUUGGGAAAUGAACCCAAGUUAAACAUAAGUCAAGACCAACCACCUGGUGACAAUGCUCGAUCCCAGGUUUUGAGAGAGAAAAUUAUUGAAUUGGAAACAGAAAUAGAAAAGUUUAAAGCUGAGAACGCAUCUUUAGCUAAACUUCGCAUUGAACGAGAAAGUGCCUUGGAAAAACUCAGGAAAGAAAUUGCAGACUUCGAACAACAGAAAGCAAAAGAAUUAGCUCGAAUAGAAGAGUUUAAAAAGGAGGAGAUGAGGAAGCUACAAAAGGAACGUAAAGUUUUUGAAAAGUAUACUACAGCUGCAAGAACUUUUCCAGAUAAAAAGGAACGUGAAGAAAUACAGACUUUAAAACAGCAAAUAGCAGAUUUACGGGAAGAUUUGAAAAGAAAGGAAACCAAAUGGUCAAGUACACACAGCCGUCUCAGAAGCCAGAUAGAAAUGUUAGUCAGAGAGAACACAGACCUCCGGGAAGAAAUAAAAGUGAUGGAAAGAUUCCGACUGGAUGCCUGGAAGAGAGCAGAAGCCAUAGAGAGCAGCCUCGAGGUGGAGAAGAAGGACAAGCUUGCGAACACAUCUGUUCGAUUUCAAAACAGUCAGAUUUCUUCAGGAACCCAGGUAGAAAAAUACAAGAAAAAUUAUCUUCCAAUGCAAGGCAAUCCACCUCGAAGAUCCAAGUCUGCACCUCCUCGUGAUUUAGGCAAUUUGGAUAAGGGACAAGCUGCCUCUCCCAGGGAGCCACUUGAACCACUGAACUUCCCAGAUCCUGAAUAUAAAGAGGAGGAGGAAGACCAAGACAUACAGGGAGAAAUCAGUCAUCCUGAUGGAAAGGUGGAAAAGGUUUAUAAGAAUGGGUGCCAUGUUAUACUGUUUCCCAAUGGAACUCAAAAGGAAGUGAGUGCAGAUGGGAAGACCAUCACUGUCACUUUCUUUAAUGGUGACGUGAAGCAGGUCAUGCCAGACCAAAGAGUGAUCUACUACUACGCAGCUGCCCAGACCACUCACACGACGUACCCGGAGGGACUGGAAGUCUUACAUUUCUCAAGUGGACAAAUAGAAAAACAUUACCCAGAUGGAAGAAAAGAAAUCACGUUUCCUGACCAGACUGUUAAAAACUUAUUUCCUGAUGGACAAGAAGAAAGCAUUUUCCCAGAUGGUACAAUUGUCAGAGUACAACGUGAUGGCAACAAACUCAUAGAGUUUAAUAAUGGCCAAAGAGAACUACAUACUGCCCAGUUCAAGAGACGGGAAUACCCAGAUGGCACUGUUAAAACCGUAUAUGGAAACGGUCAUCAAGAAACGAAGUACAGAUCCGGUCGGAUAAGAGUUAAGGACAAGGAGGGUAAUGUGCUAAUGGACACGGAGCUGUGACAAUCCUCAUGUGAUCAUGAAGUAACAGUAACUGAUUUUUUUAUGUUAAAAAAUGUACAUUUACUGUGGAUUCUGUUUAAUUUAUUGUGUGUGUGGGGAAAAGAUUGGAUUCUAAAAUAAAAGUUUACCCUGUGGCA